GUCAACAAUCAUCUUGUUUUUGUGCUAUUGCAAUUUGCAACAACCUUUGCUUCCUUUGUUUUUUGAGCCAGAGGAGAUCUGAAAAAUGGCUUACAAUCUUCAACCUCUCAUCACCAUUCUUGAAGGAAUCCUUGAUCCUCACCAACCUCGAUGGAUUGUUGAUGAAAACAACCCACAACUCCAAUCCCUCUUCGAUAAAGCUACUUCUCUUCAAAACCUCCUUCAUAGUAAUUCUUCAUUCACCAAACUAGACACCCAAAUCAGAGAAGUAACACACCAAGCUGAAGACAUCCUUGAAUCCCACAUGGUUCAUCAUAUGCUCUCUGGAUCGGAUUGUGUGAGGUUCACUCUUUCCACACCAGAUCUGCAGCAAGUAACACGACAUCUUGAUUCUCUGAUGGAGCAAGCAGAGAAGCUGUUGGAGAUGGGGGAUGAGAAGAUGCUGCGAGACCUUGAUUCUUCUAUGGAACAACUGAAGCUCGUGGAUAAGAAGAUGCCGUCUAGCAGUUCAUCCAUUUCCAAGAGUGCUGUGCUGGUGGGAAUUGAUGAAGAUCUGAUGCAACUCAAAGAUCGGCUGAUCGGUCAGCAGCAGAAGAAGCUGGAGAUCGUCCCCAUCGUUGGUAUGGGUGGAAUAGGUAAAACCACUCUCGCUCAAAAGCUUUAUGAAGAUCCUUUGACUGUUGAUCACUUUGCAUAUCGUGCUUGGGCUACUAUCUCACAAGAUUACAAUACGCGGCAAAUUCUCAAAAGCCUUCUUCGUUGCAUAACUGGAAAAGAAUGUGAUAAUCAUAUUGAUGAGUUAAAAGUUAUGUUGCACCAGAACUUGUUCGGUAGUAAGUACUUGAUUGUGUUAGAUGAUAUAUGGAGUACGAGAUUCUGGGAUGAGAUAAAGAUUUACUUCCCAGGCAACAACAAUGGAAGUCGCAUUGUGAUUACCACUAGGGAAUCCGAUGUGGGGAACUAUGCUGACUCCUCGAGUCUACAGCAUCAGGUGCAGUUGCUUAGCGAGUAUGAAAGUUGGAAUCUGCUUCACCAACUUGUGUUUGGAGAAGAGGAGUGCCCUCUUGUUUUACAAGAGAUUGGUCGAAAGAUCGCUAAGGAUUGCGCUGGGCUUCCUCUAGCCAUCAGUGUGAUUGGAGGGUUACUAUCUAAGAUGGAAAGAUCAGAAGAUGUUUGGAGGAAAAUUGGGGACAAUGUUAUAGCAGCAAUUUCUGGAUCAGACGAGCGAUGCUAUAGUAUAUUGUCUUUAAGUUAUAACCACUUGCCAAAUCACUUGAAGCCAUGUUUCUUAUACAUGGGAGCUUUGCCUGAAGACUACGAGAUUAGUGGAUCCAGACUCGUACAAUUGUGGGUUGCAGAAGGAUUUGUAAAAUUGAACAGGGAAAGAUGUUUGGAGGAAGAGGCUGAGGAUUGGCUAAAGUCUCUAGUAGACAGAAAUCUAUUUAUGGUUAGACUAUAUCAGUAUGGACAACCAAAGAGUUACAGCAUGCAUGAUAUGUUGAGGGAUCUAUGCAUUCGGAAAUGUGAUGAAGACAAGUUUAUGAAUGGUCCCAACAAGUUCACAUUCUCUAAUCCACGCCGCAUGAUUUUUCACACAUCAGACGAAAUGGAAGAUGUUAAUGAUUCAACAGAGUCAAUGUCACUAACUCGAUCUGUUAUAUACAUUGGUUUUCGUAGGGCUAAGUUUCCGUCUGGUGCAUUGUGUGCGGCAAGAUUGCUAAGGGUGUUGGACUUAACGGAUACGAGUUUCGAUAGUUUCUCAACUAAAAUAUUUGAAUUUGUUAACCUACGCUUCUUAUGUGUCCAUGGCCGUUUCAGCAUACCGAGAGGAAUAUCAAGAUUGUGGAAUUUGCAAACCUUGAUUGCUCGUUAUUGCAAGUUUGAUGAGCCAGCUGAGCUAUGGAAGCUCUCUGAGUUAAGACAUCUCGAAGUGGAUGGAAUUGAGUUGUUAAAAGAUGAGGCAAUGAAGUAUAGUGUACUGAAGAAGCUGCAAAGUAUUGCUUCAGUGAAAGUACGUAAAGAUGAGGCAACAAGUUUGGAUGGUUUCCUCAAAAGCGUUCCAAAUAUCAAACAGUUGGUAAUUGAUGAUAGUCUCCGAACUAGAUCCACGGCAAUUGAUCUUAGCCAUCUUCACAAGCUCGAAAUAUUAGAUUUCGGUUGUAUGAGAACUAUAUCCUCUCCAAACGGUUUUGGUCAUUGUUUAACAGUUAUAUUUCCUUGUAAUAUUAGAAAACUAUAUCUGUAUGAUUGUGAAAUGUUUUUGGGAGAGUGGAGGACUCUGUGUGCACUACAUAAGCUGGAAGUUCUCAAGAUACAUAACUGCAGUUUUAAUGGGACACGGUAUCAUGAAGGGUGGGAGUUAGCAGAUAAUGAUGUGUUCCCCUCACUGCAGUUUCUACAUCUUGUAACUUUGUGGAUUGAGCGUUGGAAAGCAGAUGAGACCAAUUUCCCUAGACUCCGCCACCUCCGUGUAUAUGACUGCUACUAUCUAGAGGAAAUCCCAAGCGGCAUUGGAGAAAUCCCAACACUCCAAUUAAUCGAGUUAGAAAAAUGCAGUGAAUCAGCAGUGGCCUCAGCAGAAAGGAUUGUGGAGGAGCAAUCUGAAAAUGAAAACGACCUCAAACUUCGCAUCGACAGCCGUGACCACACUUCCAAAAGUUUCAUGGGAACCUUAAGGGCGUGUUCAGUGGGGUAGAAGAUGAGAUAGUGGACGAGAUCCAUGAGGAAAUAGGCAAUGCUGUAAUCCAAUACGAGACUUUGCAGCGGCGUGUUGGAGGAGUGGAAAUCCGGGGCCGGGUUGGAGAGAAUAGCGCGGGCGGCGAGGAAUACUGCGGGGGGUGCCGUGAGCUAGGGAGAUAGCGCAGCUUGAAGCUUCAGGGCGGAGCUUGGAGGCCCAGGUGCGGAAGAGGAUUGAAUAGGCGAUGAGGUAGAGGAGCAAAUAGCCGGCGAAGAAGAGAGGAAGGGGAUUGGAUGUUAGCGGAAAUUGAAGGUCCAUGAUUUUGGGGGGAAACUGAAAAUUAGGGGAAUCCAAUUGGGAAUAUGAGUUGAAGGAUGGAGAAAAGAUGCAGAAAGUCAGUAGAUAAUGGGGCAACGUUUGUAGAAGGGGGGAAAAUCAGUAGCUUCUAUUGAAUGAUUCAGGGUGAUAAUAGUAAAAUGCUCCCAUAUCUGGAGCCGGAAAUCGAGACAUGAAAUGAAUUAGCACCUCCUGCUUCUGAUUUGGUUUCAGCCCAUACCUGGAGUGAACAGGUCGGGCCCGGACAUUAACAACGGGCUUCCCUUGGAAUACCCCAUGAUCUUGAACAGCCAAAUAGACCAUGAUAUAGGCCCAUUUCUGGACAUAUCAGCCUACUUGAACAGGCCCUUAAUAUAUACACACACUAAGAUUUCCAAAAAGUAUUAGCAUCUUAUUAUUUAAUGCGAGAACAUUUAAUUAACUCUAAUUAGCAUAUUAAUUAAAUGCGCUACUUUUUAUUUAAAAUAGAAAUAAUUGUAAGUAGUUUGGGGUGAAUUGAAACAAAAAAGUGGGAGUAGCAUUAAACAGAUGAAGUAGUUUGUGAUCGUAUAAUGGUUUAAUCGAUUGUUUUUGCCCUAUAAAUUAGUUUCCCAUCAAUAUGCUGAUAACAGUGCCCGGAUAUUGCUCAUAAUUUGUGGUGUUAAUGCUAAUGUCAAUUAUCUGUGAUGGUAAUGCCCUGUUGAUGCUAUUUCUAAUGUUAAUACUAAUGCUCUAUUAGGGUUAAUGCCAAUACUAAUGCUAAUGUUGUGUGAUGUUAGUGCCCUGUUAAUGCUAAUGAUAAUGUUAAUACUGAUAUUAAUGCUGAUAAUAACAAUCUUUGCUCUUAAUGCCAUGUUAAUGCUUAUUCUAAUGUUAAUGCUUUGUUAAUGUUAAUGUUAAUACUAACGCUAGUGUUGAUGUUAAUAACCUGUGACGUUAAUGCUGAUGUUAAUAAUCUAUGAUUUUAUUAAUGGUUCUACAAAUAAUCUUGUGAUAUUG